AUGCGGCAGCAUGUCCUCGUGUACCACUAUAGCAGUUCCUUCAAACAUUGUCCGGCUCUGAACAAUUUUUUUGAGCGCAAGGGUAUUACUUUCGCGAGCGUUGACACUAGGAAUGACAAGGUCAUGCUUGCCCGUGCCAAGAUGCAUAUUCCAGAGCUGUACCACGUCGACAUCCAAGAUAUAUUCAAGAGCCGGGUAGGAAUGGCUAAUCUAGCAGAGGCCAUCAUCGACGGGUCCUACAAGAACAUGAAGACAAAGUUCUCAUCUGACAAGCAUGACUUAUGGGGGACUAAGCCACUCUCCCCGAUGCACCUCGAGUACGCAUCAAAAGACGGGUACGUGAGCUACGAGUUGUACCGUAGGACCCUUGCCCUCGAGUUGUAA